UGUGUGUGUGUGUGUGUGUGUGUGUGUGUGUGUGUGUGUGCGCGCCGGCCCGAAAAAGACCGCGGGUUUCCAGCUGACUCUCUCUCUCUAUCUCUCUGCGUGUGUUUCUUCUUGCGUGCGUGCUUGAGUGUGUGUGUGUGUGUGUGUGUGUGUGUGUGUGUGUGUGUGUGUGUGUGUGUGUGUGUGUGUGUGUGUGUGUGUGUGUGUGAGAGUGUAUGAGCGUGCGUGUAUGUGUAUUUGUGCGAGUGUAUGCGCGUGCGUGCGCGCGCGCGCGCUGUCAUUAUUGCUAUCCAGUCUGCUCCGCGCUUACGAUGGCCAGAUUCAUUCCGCGUGAGGCAGGAAGGCAGCAGCGCUGUCCCGCUCCCGCUCCGGUUACCGCUCCUGCUCCCUCACGCGCUCCGGUUCCGGUUCCGUGCAGCCUGCUCGCGCCUGGUCCCGGGGCAGAACCGAGCCCACAGCCGCUCCUCUUCCUCCUCCUCCUCCCCUACCAGCACCAGGUUCUUCCCGAACCCAUGAACGGCUCCGAGUCCAUCUCCAUCCACCCGGAGAGCGGCACCAUGAAAGACCAAGACGCGAUCAAACUGUUUAUCGGGCAAAUCCCGCGCAACCUGGAGGAAAAAGACCUGAAGCCACUGUUCGAACAGUUUGGGAAAAUCCACGAACUAACAGUGUUAAAGGACCGAUACACCGGCAUGCACAAAGGUUGUGCAUUCCUCACCUACUGUGCCCGCGAGUCAGCCAUCAAAGCCCAGAACGCCCUCCAUGAACAGAAGACGCUGCCAGGGAUGACUCGUCCUAUCCAGGUGAAGCCGGCUGACAGCGAAAGUCGUGGAGACAGGAAGCUGUUUGUGGGGAUGCUGAACAAACAACAGACGGAGGAGGAUGUCUAUCGCCUGUUCGAGCCCUACGGAGUCAUCGAGGAGUGCACAGUGCUAAGAGGUCCUGAUGGGAACAGUAAAGGCUGCGCCUUUGUUAAGUUCUCCACACAUGCUGAAGCUCAGUCUGCAAUCAGUGCGCUGCACGGCAGUCAGACCAUGCCGGGUGCCUCAUCCAGUCUGGUGGUAAAGUUUGCUGACACAGACAAGGAGCGCACCAUCCGGCGUAUGCAGCAGAUGGUGGGCCAAUUUGGCAUCUUUAACCCGGCCAUCGCGCUGCCCUUCAGCACCUACAGCAGCUACGCACAUGCGCUGAUGCAGCAGCAGGCAGCCCUCAUGGCCGCCAGUCACGGUGGUUACCUGACGCCCAGCGUGGCGUUUCCGGCCACACAGAUCCACCAGAUGGGGGCGCUGAACAUCAACAGCCUCCCUCCCACUCCCAUGACCCCGGUGUCGGGUGAGUUUCAUCAGCCUCUGGGCCUUAGCUCACCUCCUGCCAGCCUCACGUCUUCAGCCGUGCCUAGCAUCGUCACUCCAAUUGUUAACGGCUUUACUGGCAUCCCUCACCAGCCCAAUGGACACCCAGCAGUGGAAGCUGUGUAUGCCAACGGUCUGCCUCCGUACUCCACCCAAAGCCCCACUGCUGCAGACACAUUGCAGCAGGCCUUCACUGGGGUGCAACAGUACACAGCGAUCUACCCGGCGACCACACUGACCCCUAUUGGCCAAAGCUUGCCACCACCACCGCAGGUCAUUCAGCAGCAGCAGCAGAGGGAAGGCCCUGAGGGCUGCAACCUCUUCAUCUACCACCUACCACAAGAGUUUGGUGAUAAUGAACUCAUGCAGAUGUUCCUGCCCUUCGGGACGGUCAUCUCCUCUAAGGUGUUCAUGGAUAGAGCCACCAACCAGAGCAAGUGCUUCGGCUUUGUGAGCUUCGACAACCCAGCAAGCGCGCAGGCCGCUAUCCAGGCCAUGAAUGGCUUUCAGAUUGGCAUGAAGAGGUUGAAAGUCCAGUUAAAACGGCCGAAGGACGCCAGCCGCCCCUACUGACACUGCUCCAACACACACAGAGCUACAGCACAGGUUUUGAAAAGUGAAAUCUCAAAAGGAGUUUGAUUUUUUUUUCUUUCAAAAUAAAAAAAAAGAUGAAAAAAAAAGAAGAAGAAGAAGAUGAAAGGCUUUUUUUCGAAGACAUAUCAGCAUUUAUGAAGACGUUCGUUCGAGUCGGAGAGAUGCAGGAGAAGCGGCUCACAACAGACUAACUACAAGCAGCCCGGCAUAGUGAGAAAGUCAAAGCAGAAUCAUGGUGGAAAAGCCCACAAGACCACAAGACAAGAACUUUUAAGCUACAGAACUUCUCUCACUAAGACUGAGUCAACAAAUACGCAACAAACAAACACACACAAAAAAAAAGCAGCAAGAACAACAUAGAUUUCUAUAUACAUAUUAUAUACAUGUGCUAUAUUAUGGAAGAGGCGCUUCCAGCUUUUAACGAUACUGGACUAAUGAGGGUUAAAACUUGAAAAUCAAGGAAAAAUGCAGUGGAAAGGAAAAAAAAGCUCUUUUUAACCACUGGCAGACCUUCAUUCUCUUUCUCUGUUUCCUUUCAAAUAUCGUCAUGUCUCUGAGCAAGCGCAGGACUUUUGGCCUUCUGUGGUCACGGAGGUUUCCAGAGGUACAGUGCAACUGAAAAAUCUUUCACUCCAAGGGACCAAAGGACCAAAAACCUUUUUAUUGUUCGACAGUAAUAUAUAGUAUUAAUGACGAUACUAAUAUGACAAACUACUACUAAUGAUGUUACAUGUUUGAAAAAAACAAAAACAAACAAACAAAAAAAAACAUUAAGAGGAAAUACUUGCUUCAGGUUGGAAGAGGAAAGAGAUUUUGAUUUCUUUUCCUUUUACAUUUAUAACUAGUGGGUUUCAGAAUAUUUAAACAAAAUAGAAAAAAAGAAGAAGAAAAAAAGUAUUUUAAAAGCUAUACUAUUUUAGAGGAGUAGAAUAUGUGGAUGGGUGAUUGUUAUGGGCACGUUGGGGUAUUUUUCAUCAACAGAGAUUUAAACUCUUUGUCUGGGACGUGUGGCACUGACCCACUGCCUUUCAGCUCCACCUCUGACCUUCACAUUUAUUUAGACAUUAAACUGAAGCACACAUGCCAGAGAAAUGACACUCACUGACCUGGUUGAACUUACACGUUCCUUUCAUUUAGCAAUCAGACAUUAAAAUACGGAGUAGUAAUACCUGCAUGUUCUGUGGACAAUCCAAACCACAGUAUCAGGGUUUAAUACAUAUUAGAGUUCAGGCAUAAUGAAGUGCACAAUUUCCCAUAAACGAUCAGUGUUAUUGCUGCCGUUUGCGUCAUUAGCUUUGUACUGAAGUUACUCAUGCUAACGCUGGACUCCUAGUUCCUUAACACUACUCAGUUUGUUAAUGAAAACUUGAUUCGUUUUCCAUGAUAUAAACUAAAGGGUAAUAAUAAUAAUUUACUCUUUUACAAAAUAUAGGACAAAAUAUCAGCACUACAUUAACCAUCUUUACAUCAGAACAUUUGGAAGACACCCUUAAAAGAGCAACUUAGAUUUUAUACAACUGAGCAUUUGAGGGUUAAGGGCCUUGCUCAGGGGCCCGGCAGUGUCAGUUGGGUGAACCUGGGAUUUGAACACACAACCUUCCAGAUUUGUAAUCCAACACCUUAACCACCAGGCUAUAACAUCCCCGCCAUUGCGUUGUUUUAACUAAUAGAGAUUAGAAAUACAAUUUUAAAACUAUUACAAACUACAAACAGUUUAAAAGAAUGAGUUAGCUAAGAGAACAUGGAGCUUACAUCUAAACUAAAACUAACAAGAACCAGAUUGCCAGUGUGUUCAUUUUAUUUCCCUUCAGCCCUUUCUCAGCAGCGGGCACACUGUGUGAACAGGAGCUCUUUAUCUAAGUCAUUAUAUUACUGAAAUAUUGACUAAUGUGAGUUUUUUCCUCAGCUGACUCUGACCCUGGUCUAAAAGACGUCUUUUCAGCUUCUCAGCUUAGCCAAAUCUUACAGUAUUCUGUUUUAAAGCCUCAAGGGUCCUUUAACAGGGAUUAUGGUAAUCCAGAGACCUACAGCCCAACACCCCACAUCAUUACCAUACAGCCUGUAUUGAUCAAAUGGCCAGGCUCAGCUUCUGCCUCUGCCUCUGCCUCAGCCUCAGGGCCACUUCUGCACAAUCAAUUACAUGACUGAGUUCAUUUUUUUACACUUUAUAUAACAAAAGCUUAAGACAAGCUCUGCGUGGGAUUGCUUUAUCGAUGCAGACCAGACCAGUGUUUAAUAAUACAGGUCAGAAAUGUCAUUAGAUAAAUGAAGAUAGUGAUGAGGCACAUCUUAAUGCUGCGAAAAGCAUUUUAGUGAGCAUGAAGAAUGAGCGCUAUUAGUAAGGCCACAGUGAGGGGCAGUUUAAAGGGCACAGACACCGACACCAUGAUGUACUUACAGCAGCUGCUGGUGUUCUGUCUGAUGAAUAGCACACACAAACACUCACACUCACACUCACACACACACACACACACACACACACACAAGCACACUCAGUGACACUGUUGACAAAAGGUCAGUGGAUGGAGCUGCAUUCCUUUAUAACAUGGUGAACGUCCACUGAGUCCCACAUAAAGAGCUGAAAAGGUGUUUUUUUUUUAUUUCUUAUUCACUCCAUAUUCAUGUUCGGCUUUAUUUUUCUCAACUGUCUUAAAGCUCAUGCACUCAUAUUAUUACCUUCAUGGUUACAAGUUUUGAACUGUAGAGUCUCCUUAUGAAGAUUACAGGGUGAACUUAAAAAAAAAAAAAACAACUAAUUUAGUUUUUAUUUCAUUUCAUUUUCCACAUUUUGAACCUUUUGGCAAACCAAGAAAUCUGUCACAAUCACAAGAGGCUUGUGACCGUGGAUGUCUGGUGUAGCAGGACGAUAUUAAUAACAUGGUCUAAAACAUAAUCGAGAAGCUAUCAUUCUUGUCUUAAACUUUACAGUCAUCCAGCAUACAGUCCAGAAAACAUCCAGCUACAACACAGAAAAUCCAGCUAUAUGGAAAAGGGAGCGACAUUUAUCUUCAUAUUCUCAGCAUUUACAUGGAAAACAAGGUCACUGUGGUGCACACAUAUUUCUGCUAUACAGAUUUUAUCCACUCGAUAAUCCCUGUUUCUCUCUCCCAGUAUUAACAAUAGAAAGAACUGGUUCUGUUCAUCAUACACACAGUGUCAGCACUUACACUUAGUUUUUGGUUUGGGAAAUGUAUUCAGUUUCCUUCUGAUUAUUUGCUAUCUCGGUGGCCACAGAAUAUUCUUAAAAACGGCUCCUUCUCCAACAGCGAGCAACAUAAUUCUUUAGCCAUUGUGUCUUUUAUUAGCUCCUGUUGUGCUUCCGAUGUUUGACCACAGUUAGAAAUAUCAGCUUAUAUCUGUCAGUGAGGAAAACAUUUCCCAGUCGCUGGUCACUCAGAAGAGGUCAUUAAAGUUUCAAUGAAAUUCAGAAUGAAGAAUUAUUUGCUGAACAGUUAAUAUAGUGGAGCUUUGCUUAACUUGCUCGUAUAGAGGAUCUGCCACUGGUCAUUAUGUUUUAUACUGGAAUUGGUAAGUCGCUAUUGAACAGGGUGCCGUUUUUAUCGGGUUAUAACGCCAUUUUCCGCAAGACUCCUGUUCACAUGGUAAUAUACUGUACACAUAUUCAGCCCUCGGGCAUCCGUGCUCUAAUAACCCUGCGUCUUCACAUCACCGAAUCCCUACGUUUCAGACAUGUGAAUUAUUAAAAUCAAAUUAAAUUUGGCUCUCACAUAUCAGCAGGCCUAAUGCAAAUUAAAAAUGGCAACUCACGCCUGAAGUUUAAUAAGUUUGAGACAUGAUAUGAUUACAGCGAGACAGUGGAAUAAAAUGGAGUAAACAUCAGGGUGAUGGAGGAGGAGUGUGUUAGUGUGAAUGAAGCUUAUCUUGUUUUUGCAGUUUAAAAAAAAAAAAAAACUUCCACUGCCGUUGCACUGCUCAUAGUCACAAGCGCUCUAAGUCACCAGCAUUUCUCAUUUGUGUUCUCAUUCCAGCUUUCUUCAUGCUCAGAGUUGAGUUUCUCACCAUGAUGCCCAGCGUGAUGUUUGAGCAUGUUCACACGUGGUGGCGGUGGGUGGGUGGGUGUUUGGAUGGUGAUUUACGGUGGGGCGUAAAGUAUAUUAACGGUACUACUCGUAUUAACAAUAUGAUUCUUUAAUUAAUUACCUAUGGUUUGUAUGCUAAGGAAAGUAGCUUAUUAUAGAUCUAAAAUGUGUAUAUUAGGGAACAUGAGCACAGGAGCCUUUCAGGGGCAUCUGCUGGGGGACGACGGGAGGGUGGGAUUGUGGGUUUUCUGCUUUAUAAGACCGUCUUGAACUUCUGGUUUCUCAGCACAAAAACCUAUGGAAGUCUGUAUACUGUAUACUGGAUUUGGGGGAAAUCAUGUGGAUGUGUGCGAUGGGUGAAGCAGGAAGUCCGGGUCACACGCUUACAGCCCAAACGAGACUAAGCUGUUUACAGGCACGUUUAUUUCUUUCUCCUAUUUUCUUUUGUUUUCUUAUUGGUUCCUGUUUUUUCAGGUAACAAGAAGAGUAAAGUUCAUGUUCUGCUCAAAACUUAAAACGAGACACAGUGCAGUAAUUAUUUUUUAUGAUGUGCAACUGAUGCAGUUUGGUCUUCUUCUGAGAAGCCAGACAUUCCAGUGUUGACUUUUUUUCAGGUAUUUGCAUAGAUUUAUUGUCAUGCCAAAUUAUAUAGUUUGGGUCACUAUUUAUUUAUUUAUUUAUUUAUUUAUUUAUUUAUUUAUUUAUUUAUUUAUUUAUGAUCUGUUUAUGUAUGUUGUUUCAUUUCUGUGAUCAUGAGUUGCUUUAUUUAAUGAUUACAUUUUAAAAAAAGAAGAAGAAGACAUCAAAAGGAAAUGCAUAAUGGGCUUUUCUCUUUCUCUUUUUUUCAAUUUUACAAUAAAAAUUUUAAACUACA